CUUAUUUGGCGCGCUUCAGUCUGGCGGGUAACGUUCGCGGGCCAAGCCGCUCAUAAAAAACGCGGGAAAAUCAUCUGUGAAGUGAAAAGCUCCGUGAAAAAUAGUUUUUUUGUAAAUUACAAUAUUACUGGAAUAAAUAAAAAUGUCACCAAAAAGAAAAGCGAGCGAAGAAGAGUUCGACACAGACGCUCUGACCGCUGACCCUGAACAGAGCCCCACGUCAGAGAAAGAUGAGGGGGCCUUGGAAGCGAAGAUGUCUCUGCUCAACGGCAUCACAGUUAUCGUGGGAUCCAUCAUUGGCAGUGGCAUCUUCGUGUCUCCUACUGGAGUGCUGAAGUACACUGGAUCGGUUAACGCUAGUCUUCUUGUGUGGUUGAGCUCUGGAGUAUUCAGUAUGGUGGGAGCGUACUGCUACGCGGAGCUGGGCUGCAUGAUCCGGCAGAGCGGCGCGGACUACGCCUACAUCAUGGAGACGUUCGGCCCCUUCGCCGCCUUCGUGAGAUUGUGGAUCGAGUGCAUGAUCGUGCGCCCUUGCUCGCAGGCGAUCGUGGCUCUGACCUUCAGUGUGUACGUGCUAAAGCCGAUAUUCCCCGAAUGUGACCCUCCAGAGGACGCCACGAGACUGCUGGCAGCGUGCUGUAUAUUGCUGCUGACCUUCGUGAACUGCUGGUCGGUGCGCGCCGCCACGCGCGUGCAGGACUGGUUCACGUACGCCAAGCUGCUGGCCCUCUUCAUCAUCAUCGCCGCUGGCGCUUACCAGCUGUGUUUAGGAAAAGUGGAGCACUUUACGUUUGAAGGGACCACUAGUGACGUCACCAGCAUAGCCCUUUCUUUCUACUCGGGAUUGUUCGCGUAUAAUGGAUGGAACUACCUGAACUUCAUAAUCGAGGAGCUCAAGGACCCCGUGAAGAACCUGCCGCGCGCCAUCGCCAUCUCGUGCGCGCUCGUCACCGUCGUGUACACCUUCACCAACGUGGCCUUCUACACCACGCUCAGCCCCACUGAGGUCCUUGGUUCGGCGGCAGUGGCGGUCACAUUCGCCGAGCGUCUGUUCGGCUGGUUCGCUCUCUCCAUCCCGCUGUUUGUUGCUGCCUCCACCUUCGGGGCUGUCAAUGGAGUGCUACUCACUUCAUCUAGACUGUUCUACGCGGGCGCCGAGCGCGGCCAGAUGCCCGAGAUGCUCACCAUGGUGACCACCAAGGCCACGCCCGCGCCCGCCGUCAUCGCCGUGGCGCUGCUGUCGCUCGGCUACCUCACCGUGUCUGAUAUCUACAUGCUGAUCAACUAUGUCGGGUUCGCUACUUGGCUAAGUAUUGGUGCGGCGGUGCUUUGUCUGCCGGUGCUGAGAUACACACAACCGAACCUCGAGAGGCCGAUUAAAGUGCAUUUGUUCUUCCCAAUAAUCUACAUAAUCUGCACGAUCCUGGUGGUGGCAGUACCUGCCUACGCGUCGCCCAAGGAGACUGGCAUCGGCUGCCUCAUGAUCCUGUCCGCCAUCCCCGUGUACCUGCUGCUGAUACACCCCAAGACCCGGAUACGGGGGCUGGGGUACCUUACUAAUGCCGCUACACAUUUAGUACAAAAGAUGACUUUAUCUGUGAGGCCGAAGACCAAGUAAACUUCGUGAAACAUCAUCUGACGACCACAUAUCCGACCAUUCCAUCGAUAUCUUGAGAGAUUGCAUUUAAUGUUAGACUUUAGCGAGUGCAUUUAUACGACAUAGCAACAAAAUGUACGUAAUUUAGUGUAUUUGAAUGCCGGUUUACACAGACAUAGGACGUAUGUGCGUAUUUAUAAAACUUUUGACGAUCACUAGUAUAGAA